ACUAUGGAACUUGAUUUUGGACACUUUGACGAAAGAGAUAAGACGUCCAGAAACAUGCGAGGCUCACGUAUGAAUGGAUUGCCCAGCCCCACUCACAGUGCUCACUGUAGCUUCUACCGAACCAGGACCUUACAGGCACUGAGUAAUGAGAAGAAAGCAAAGAAGGUGCGUUUCUAUCGCAAUGGGGACCGCUACUUCAAGGGGAUUGUGUAUGCCGUGUCCUCCGACCGCUUCCGAAGCUUUGAUGCUUUGCUGGCUGACCUGACCCGUUCUCUGUCUGAUAACAUUAACCUGCCUCAGGGAGUUCGCUACAUCUACACCAUCGAUGGGACCAGAAAGAUUGGGAGCAUGGAUGAACUGGAAGAAGGGGAAAGCUAUGUCUGUUCAUCUGACAACUUCUUCAAGAAGGUGGAGUAUACCAAGAAUGUUAAUCCCAACUGGUCUGUCAAUGUGAAGACAUCGGCCAACCUGAAAGCACCUCAGUCUCUGGCCAGCAGCAACAGUGCCCAGGCAAGGGAGAACAAGGAUUUUGUGCGUCCCAAGCUGGUGACCAUCAUCCGCAGUGGGGUGAAGCCCCGAAAGGCUGUUCGCGUGCUCCUGAACAAGAAGACUGCACAUUCGUUUGAGCAAGUUCUCACCGAUAUCACUGAAGCUAUAAAACUGGAGACAGGUGUGGUCAAAAAGCUGUAUACCCUGGAUGGGAAACAGGUGACCUGUCUCCACGAUUUCUUUGGGGAUGAUGAUGUGUUUAUUGCCUGUGGUCCGGAAAAAUUCCGCUAUGCACAGGAUGACUUUUCUCUGGAUGAAAACGAGUGCCGUGUAAUGAAAGGGAAUCCUCCGACCACUCCAGGCAGCAAGUCGUCCCCAACCCCUCAGAAGAGCUCAGCAAAGAGUCCAGCCCCCAUGCGCCGGAGCAAGUCUCCAGCCGAUUCAGGUAACCAUCAAGAUGCAAAUGGAACAUCAAGCAGUCAGCUGUCUACACCCAAAUCCAAGCAGUCUCCAAUCUCCACACCUACCAGUCCAGGGAGCCUCCGUAAGCACAAGGACUUGUACCUGCCUCUGUCCUUGGAUGACUCUGAUUCCCUUGGAGAUUCCAUGUAA